CAUUGCAGGGUUGUUUGUGCAACCUCGGCGGAGGCAGUGAUCCACAGUGAUUCGGCCGCCGCGCCGGGGGGUGGGGGGGCUGCGCGGGACUCUUUUUUUUCAGACUGACCGCGGGGCAGCUGGGGAGCAUGUCGACCCCGGCCCGGAGGAGACUUAUGCGGGAUUUCAAGCGAUUGCAAGAGGACCCACCUGUGGGUGUCAGUGGCGCACCAUCUGAAAACAACAUCAUGCAGUGGAAUGCAGUUAUAUUUGGACCAGAAGGGACACCCUUUGAAGAUGGUACUUUUAAACUAGUAAUAGAAUUUUCUGAAGAAUAUCCAAAUAAACCGCCAACUGUUAGGUUUUUAUCCAAAAUGUUUCAUCCAAAUGUGUAUGCUGAUGGUAGCAUAUGUUUAGAUAUCCUUCAGAAUAGAUGGAGUCCAACAUACGAUGUAUCUUCUAUCUUAACAUCAAUUCAGUCUCUGCUGGAUGAACCAAAUCCAAAUAGUCCAGCCAAUAGCCAGGCAGCACAGCUUUAUCAGGAAAACAAACGAGAAUAUGAGAAAAGAGUUUCGGCCAUUGUUGAACAAAGCUGGAAUGAUUCAUAAUAGACAACUGGUCUGUUAAUCUUUUUCAUCAUUGUUGUGUAUAAUUUACCUCUCAGUAGAAAGGCUAACAAAUUUUAAGUGCCACAGGUUUUAAGGAUUCUGCAGAAAAAAAAAAGUCCUUCGGUUUAGAACCUACAAAAGCUUGUGUAUCUUGAUUAAUGUACUUUUUAUUGCAUGGUGUGAACUAAGUUAUUGCUUACAUAAAUUUGUAAUAUAUCCUGUUUGUAUUUUUUUCCAAGUGUAUAAUGUUGGUGUGGAGUUUUCAUGACAGAAUAUACACAUUUUGUAAAUCUGUACUUUUUUCAAAUAUUGAAUGCCUUAUUUUUGAAUUCUUUAGAUUUUUAAAUUGGAGAAAAGCACUUAAAGUUUUUUAUAUAUGAAUAUUACAUGUAAAGCUGUUAAAAUACAUAACUUCAGUGCAAGAGACUUUGUCACUUAUUUCCUUAUCUGAGUAGGAGGGGUUAAUAAGUCUCUAGCUCUCCAUCAAUCGAUAGUUUCAUGUCUGAUUUCAAAAGAACAGAUUUAUAUUUUAUCAAGAAAUUCUUCAAAUUUGAUUCUAAACACCAAUUAUCUCAAACUUUAUUUUGAAUGUACCUAUAUUAGUUUCAGUUGAGCAAUUAUAGACAUAACUGGUUUGAUUCUGUCCAACUCUGUAUUUAGGCCACUUGUUACUGUUUCUUCAUGCACUACUUACUGUUAAACUCUACCUUUUGCGAUUACACAAUUUGCACCUCCACCACGAGGAAUUGGCACCUCUACCAUGAGCAGAGAGCUGAUGCAACUUAUUUUGCUGCUUGAUAGCACUUUAAAAGAUUUUUGAUAAUGAAAAAAGUAAACCGUCAACAUUUACCAAAAACUCAUGCCCCACUAUUAACAAUAAAUAAGAACUUGUUGCA